CGACCAGCCACCACACUACGGAUACAGAUAACUUGACCCCCAGCACACCGUACGAACUCUUUUUCGUGGGGGGUGUCUUCCCUUUUCUUUUCCCUCCCUUCAUACUUCGUACUUAUUUCUCGCUCCGUCAACAGCAGCAAGGUCAUGCCAUCUUGCUCCCCCUACCCACGAAGCAAGGGAUAUCAUUAACGCCUUGCACCGCCGCCCAAACGUCCCCUAGUCACCCGUCCGCGAUUUUCGAGAUCCGCCGCAUUUCCACAGCAAACUUUAGUCUUCAUUCAUCUUGACUACGACCUCGGACCUCUCAUCAUGAGCACGACAGUCACAAUGGCGACUGUUGCCGCUCCGUCCCCUCCACCAACGUCGCUCUCUCUCACCACCGACCCGCCGAACCCCGCCGCGUCAUCCUCCCGCUGCUGUCCUGGCUGCGGUCUCGCCCUCCCCCCGCCGAAUCCCGCGUUCCAAACAGAUGGAGAAAGAGGAGGAGCAAGGGACGAGGGUGCAGCAGCAUCACUCACCGAAGCCCAGGCCCGCAUCGCCGACCUCGAGGCCCAAGUCAGGCUCCUCAACCAGAAAGCAACAGCAGCCAUUGACCGGUGGGCCGACUACGAAGACGAACUCGCCCGUCUACGCCAAGAGCUAGAAUCACGAGGAGGACGAGGAGAAGCAGGAGGAGGGCAAGACACUCCACCGCCACCACCCCCGAAAGGACAAGAUCCAUCGUCCUCUCCAACCCGCUCCUCCUACCUCCCUUCCUCCGCAGGCGGUGUCGCCAACCGCCUCUCUGCCCUCCUUUCCCGAAAAUCGACCCCGAACCUCCGUCCCGACAGCAAUAACAACAGUAAUAAUAACAACAACAACAACAAUACCAACAACAACAACCCGUCAUCCCCAGCCUCGGACGCCGCAGCACCACACCACCUCUCCCCCGAAUCCUCCUCCGCCUCCGCCUCCGCCGCCGCCGCCGUCGCAGCCUCUCACCCGCUCAACGCCCACGCCGACCUCCUCUCGGCGCUGCGCAGGGAGCAAAGCCUCCGCGUGGCGGCCGAGAACCGCCUCACGGCGUCGAGCCACGAGGUCGAGGAGCUGAGCGCCAGCCUCUUCGAGCAGGCGAACGAGAUGGUGGCCACGGAGCGGCGGGCCCGGGCCAAGCUCGAGGAGCGCGUCGAGCUCCUCGAGCGCCGCGACGCCGAGAAGCGGCUGCGUCUCGAGAAGCUGGAGGGCGCCGUGGGGCGGAUCGAACGCGUUCGCGCCUUGCUUGGCGAAGGGAGGCUGGGGCGAGCGAGGGCUGGCGGUGAUGGUGAUGGUGAUGGUGCCGGGGGCGAGGAAAAGGAAGAAGGAAAAGAAAAACAACAACGGGAUGACAAAGAGGAAGAAGGGAGGGACGCUGUCACCGUCUGAGUACAUGGACUCUCUCUCUCUCUCUCUCUCUCUCUCUCUCUCUCUCUCUCUCUCUCUCUCUCUGGGGAAAGAAUUAUUCUCCCGGUUCACUUGGGAGGGAAAACCUAUACUCAGCCACCCGUCCAAAUUACUUAUGCUACAUGAUGAGAUACAGACACAGACACGCAUGUCUGAACUUCGGCAAUCAAGAUAACGCAGAAUGAGAAACGACGGAAUGGACUAUAUACAUGCGGUUGGGGCAUAUUGGAAACGAAGGAACAUUUAGCAAGUUCAGUUAGGGUUCAGUUAGGGUAGGACAUGGGGAAGCUUUGCAUCAUAUAUCGACUACAACAAGGAGCGUCAUCUCUCUUCUUUCAGUCGCUCAUUUACUCUUUGGUGUAUCCCCGACAUUCGCAUCAUCAGGGGAUUGGACCUGCCAUACAUACCUACGUAGUUGACUCUUGUAACGCUA